UAUUGAUAAAAGGGUACUUGGCAGUAUAAAUACGACUGGGUGUCACGUCCAUGGCCAAGUAAGCUGGCCAAGAUGUUCCCGAAACAAGCCAAGAUCCUCGUCUUCUGCCUCUCACUGGGCCUCUCGCUGGCGGUGAAGCUACAGAUUCCCUUCAGACCAGACGCCCACAUCCAGGAGUUGCAGGUGCAGAGCAGGGAGCUGGCCGAAGUCCACUCGGAUCGUUCCACACAGUGCUUCCUGAUUUACAAGCCCAAAUUGGCCAAAAUCGCGGAUGAGUUCGAAACUAACUUUGCGGCUUGCAUCUCGGCAUAUGACAAUUCCACAGCCCUGAUCAACGAAAAGUAUGCCGAGGAUCGCCAGAUCAUACUGAGGUCCGCCAACAUCGGUUGCUCCUAUCCCAACUCCAAUUGCCAGGUCUGGACAGCAGAGCAGCAGUCGCUGGACACCGUGGUCUCCCGCCUCGACUGCGCCGCCAUCAAUUCGGCCGACAGCUCCAAGACCUUCUACGGCAUUUCGGCCAAUGCCACGCAGAUUGCAGUUGAGAUCCAGGGCGAAUAUACCCUCAUAGAAAGUCGGAGGACAGUUUGCCUUAACGACGCAGAUCGCACUUACGUGGAGGACACCUCCAAGACCUACGACCUUUUGAACGACUGCCUCAAGAACGGAAUCCCAACCACCACUUGUGAGCCUCUUACUACUACUACUACAACACCAGCUGUGGAGAAAACAACUGCAAAAGUUUUAAACUAAAAGAAAUUCGAUUAAUAAAUAUGAAGCAACGCAAA